AUGCCUUGUCUGUCAUGCAUCAAGCAUAAAACUCUGGAUAAUUGUGACUACUCCACGGAAGUGAUAGCCUCGACGCCCAAUGCAGCGUUUGCCGACAAGAUCAACAUCUUCCGAAUGUCCGAUGGUCCCUCUGAGCUGAAGACUUCCAGACGAAGGCAGACUUUUUCGCAACAAUCUAGUACUGUUCUGCCAUGGAAUGAAAGUCAAGGAUAUCAAGGGUCGCCACAGGCUUCCUCCGGAAGCUCAUUUGUUAACACAAAUCUGUCUGUCUCAUCAGGAUCAGGUGUUAUUUCCGAGCUACAAAUGCUCAAACUGAAGGUUCACCAGCUUGAAGCAGUUAUACUGAAUGACCGAGAGUCAGAUAGGAGCAGGAAAAAGAGCGCUGGCAACAAUAGACUUGAUGAAGCUUCAGUUAAUGAACAAAAGCAAAAUGCUCCUAAUAAUAAUAUAUUCGCUGCACCCGAGCAAAAUGACUCUCAGUUGCCUCCCAACGGUUCUACUUAUGUGGGAGUUAAUCCGUACGACUUGGAAGAUCCCGACGACGUGUUGGAUUUGUAUGAAGGCUACAACCCUAUUCAGAUGAUUCAGAACCGUCAAAUGAACUACGGACCGUAUUCCUGGCUUAGUAUUAUGAAGAAAGACAAAGCACUUCUGAUUCUUAUGAAUUACUUCAAACAAUGGGGCCAAAAUUACUACAAGACCACGGUGCCGGUUCUUCCCAAGGAUGCCACGGCAUCCAAACGUCCUAGUUUAAAUCAACAGAAUCAUGACGAGGAAUUCACCCAGAAAGCAUUGGCUAGGGACGGCCACUAUGAUCAGGCCCCAUUAACAGAUAAGAACGGGUCAAUCAACGAAAUGAAGAUCAAAAUGAACCAGAAUGCAUUGUCUUUGGGACUCACGUUUUUUGAAGGUGAGCUUGACCAACGAGUCCAUCUCUUGGAGAAAAUUAAAUUAUUACUCCCCAACAAAAUGACGCUAUGGGUGCUCAUCAAUAGGUUCUUUCUUUAUAUCUACCCUUUUAUACCAUUGAUAGAUGAGUCAUGGUUUCGUGGAGAAAUUGAGCGUCUUUUGGGCCAUGAAGAGUACAAGGAGGAGAAGUAUCGAAAGAUCAAGGCAGAUAAACGUCUGGACUUGGCUAUUUUUGGAAUCUUGUUUAUUGUGUUGAGAUUAUCGUACUUGUCCACGUUUUCCAACAACAAAGCAGACAAUGACCGUGCGCUCGCUAGUUCUGACGACUCUCCAUUGGCAGAAACAAAGUACAUCUUAACCCAUCCGAUCGACAUGGAUGUCAUCAAUCUUGCACAGAUAUGCCUUGACCAAUUCGACUUGUACAGGCGAACCGACCUUGUGGUGUUGCAAUGUGCUGUUUUCAUGAGAAUAUACCAUUUAUUUUCACCAGAAGAAGGUGACGGAUCAGACGGAGGUAAUUCUCAUGUUUUCAACAGCAUGUGCUUGCAGAUAGCAUUCUCCAUGGGACUCAAUAGAGAGCCUACAAAGUUCGAAAGCCUUAGAGAGGACGAAAAGAAAAAUAAUAUCGGAAGAAAGAUAUGGUUUUUUCUCAAGUUAAUGGAUAUGAACCAUUCUUUUCAGUACGGGUUCCCUUUGGUAGUAGAUGAUAACUACAAUGAUGUUCUCGUUCCAUACUACCGACCUGGCAACUCAAAUGUGUUGGAUGCUAAUAUGGAAAGAGCAAUUUGUGAAACACUUCAUCUGGCAGAUAUUCUCAACACGCAAAUUCGGGAAAUUUUGCUUCACUCGUUGAGCAUUAAAGAAAAUAUGAAGAUGAAAGAACUAACUUCGAUGAUCUCAGACCUCGAAACCCUGUUGAGAGCACGGUUUGGCGAUCUUUCCAACUUCACAAAUGGAAGAGUCUCUCCCGACGAUUAUCCAUUCAAGAAAGUGUUGGCUUGUAAAGCUUAUUUGAAUGCUAAAUCAUUUCUUGUGACGUUGUUCUACCAUUUCUUCCUCAACUAUGAAAAGAAGGGCCAAGCAAAUCUUGCUUUCUUUUACUUGCGCAAAUACUUGAUCAUUUCUUGUGGAGAGUUUUUAACAGAGUACUUACUGCUUAUUGGAAACAAUCACGCUAAUUUCGACCCGAAGAGCACAACCCCUGACCUAAUCUUGAGCCCGUCAAUUGAACAGCUCAUUCACAAGACCAAUCAAAUGAACUUUUCCAUCUUGGUUCGUUUGAAUCAUUCUAUCGCUAAAAUGAAGCAAAACUUGGAGGCACAUAGCAGGAACUUGCUCAUCUCUUUCGAGUAUAAACUUCGUUAUGCUAGACUUUGCAAGCUCUCGAAAAUGAUUGAGAAAUUUUGCAAGUUCGGAACUUCGUGCUUAUCGAGAUUGAGUAACAGGUACUAUUAUGCUUGGAGAAUAUCCAAGGCGCACUCUCAUACGAUAGAGUUGAUAAAUAAGCCCGAGUUCCGUGAUUUCUUGAGGGAAUCGGAUCCCAAAUUCCUCACAUUAUCGCCAGAUCAAAUUAAUGAACUACUUUUGAUUGCAGACUCGACGCUAUGGAAAAUCAAAUCCUCAUUUAAGAUGGAUGUGCUUGUUAAUGAUGGAACCACGCCCAAUGUUUCGGAUGAGAAAGUAUUCAACCAUGAUGUUGACAUUAAAAGGAGCAACACCGAAGGAGACAUACGACCAUCUAAACAGACGAAAACUAGCCAGAACACAUCUGGAUUUACAAAGGCAGAAGGCACAAACGAAAGUGUCAAUGUUGAAAGACCUAAUAUUUCUCCUUCAAGCACUCUGUCUCUAGACUUUGAUGAUUUUCAGCGAGAUAGUACCGAGAUUGAUAUGGUCUGGCGGCAACUCACUAGCAUUAACCAACUUAUGGAAGCGCAAUCCAAACAAGAGUUGCCCGAAGAAGAUCACAAUCCAUUCACGGAGUGGAUUCCUCUGUACUUAACGAAUUUCCAACCACUUACACCGCAAGAUGGGCAAGAGAAUGUUGACGACGCAUACGACUUUUUCCGAACUUUUCCAUACGCUUAG